UUUACUUCCGAGUCAUUUCCAAAAGAACGCUGGAGACGCAUUUAACCGGUAAAACGCGAACUGUUCCACCGGUAUCUUUGGAAACCCAUCAUUUCGUCGUUUUCAAGACUAAUAUGUGAGGUGUCUGCGGUGUUUUAAGCUUCCUCCUUUCCUUGCUGGGAUGGAUCUCGGCAAGGCAAAGCUGCUUAGGACGGGACUCAACACUCUACACCAAGCCAUCCACCCCGUGCAUGGGAUCGCGUGGACAGACGGAAAACAGGUCUGCCUGACCUCUCUCUACUUUGUGAAUGGCGAAGUGAAGUUUGGGGACACCAACGUCAUCGGUCAGUUCGAGCACGUCUUUGGGCUGUCCUGGGGCCCGCUGUGCUGCCCCGACUCUCCUGCCCUGUUGGCCGUCCAGCACAAAAAGCAUAUCACGGUGUGGCAGCUGCAGCUCAGUGCUCUUGAGCAGAACAAGCUGCUGUGCACGCAGACCUGCGAGAUGAGCGAGCCCUUCCCUCUGCUCUCCCAAGGCUGUGUCUGGCAUCCUAAGCUGGACAUUCUGGCGGUGCUGACUAAGAGGGACACUUCUGUGCUGUUUUCCGUCAGGGUGGACAACAGGCGGAUCAAGGCGGACAUCAAAGGUGGGGGACUCAUUCAUUGUGCUUGUUGGACUAAAGAUGGCACGCGCCUGGUGGUGGCCAUAAGCAGCGCUCUGCAUUCUUUUAUCUGGAACGACAUCCAGAAGAGCCUGGUGGCGUGCUCCUUCUGCCCCAUCUUCGACGUGGGGGGCUACAUCUGUGCCAUCGAGGCCACGGGGGAGGCUCAGGUCGCCGUGGCGACGGAGCUGCCGCUCGACAGGCUUUGCGGGUUGAACGCUGGCAUGGCUUUUGACGUGCACUCGGAAUCGGAGCCCCUGCCGGGCCACAGCUCCCACGUGGCCAUGUCGGAGGACGACAGCGUUCUAGAAUCGAGGAGGAGAUCGUUCGAGUCGGAGAGGUCUUACAUCCCCAGCUCCGGCCCUCUGGACCUCACCCACCUCCUGGCCAAACACCGGCGCUCGGACCCCAGCCCCCUGAUCCACCUGCGCCGCCGGGACACCGUGACGGGCUCCGGCCAGGACUGCUCACACCUGGUCCUGGUAACCUAUGAGCGAAAGGUCACCACCACGCGCAAAGUCAGCAUCCCGGGGAUUUUGGUCCCCGACGUUGUGGCUUUCGACCCACGUGCCUCCACGGUUGCGGUGGCCUCCAACACCUGCAACAUGGUUCUUGUGUACUGUAUCACGGCCUCUGCGAUGCCCAACAUCCAGCAGAUCUCUCUGCAGCAGAACGACAGGCCCAAAGGGCUCUGCUUUCUCAGUGACAAGGUGCUGCUGCUGAUGGUGGGCCGGCAGAAGACCAGCGACCCCGCCUUCCUCCCAUCCUCCAACACGGACAAAUAUAUCCUGCGACUCAUGGCCAAAGAGCUGAUAUACGACACAGGCACACCCACCUCACCAUCCCCCUCUGCUCACAGCCACGAGUCUUCUGUUAAUUUCUCCGCGAGGAUUAGGAGGCACUCAGAGCACCUGUCAAAGGAUGACGGGGAGCGCCAAGGGAUAAAAGACUUGGUGUUGCCUGGAAGAGGAGUUGUUUGUUCGCCCGGGAACAGACGCAGGCUGGUGGAAGAGGUGAGGAGCAGCGACCCCAGCCCCGUCAACAGCUCGGCGGACUUCUCCGACCGACCAGACAGACCCCUGUCCAGCACCUCCUCCAUCACGGUGGAGAACUUUGACAUGGACCCCGUCAGCCGAAUGGCCAGCCUGGCGGUGAGCAGCCAGGUCAGCAGGGAGUCCAGCAGGGCCAGCUCUCCUCGCUUCGAGCCGUCCGAGAAGGUCCACGCGGACCCCGCACUGCCUGCGUCCAGUAAGACGUCCAGCCAGGCCAAGGAGCAGGCCCUGGAGCAGCUGGUCCACAACAUGGAGAGGCUUUUUACCCGCUUUGCAGAUGUGCAGCAGUGCAUGACGGAAAUCAGAGAUUUUACACAGAACGGAAAGAAGCCAUCAAGUGUCUACCCCAAUGCCAGCGAGCCUCCAUACGUCAACGUCACAUGCCAGAAACAGUUAUCAGAAAACGUCUUCAUUGAUGAGAGGAGGCCGGUGCUGCUGUGUGAGGGAAAGCUGUGUCUGCGUGCCCUGCAAGACCUCUUCAACCUCAGCAUUGUGGAGAUGAUGUACGGACCUUUGUGGAUUGUACUUGUGGCGGACGCGGACGGCUUUUUGCCUCUGACAUUUAAGCCCAAGGAGGAGCUGACGGUGCGGAAUGGAAAGAGGAAAUCCACCCUGCGGACCCCCGGAAGUCCGGAGAACUCGUGCCCGUCCAGUCCAGCCCCCAGCCAAAGUCCCAUUGCAACCGCAGAGUCAGCCACUUAGUAAGGCCCUCAGUCACUCCUCCAAAGAUGGACUCCUAGAGAUGUCUUCCUCUUGUAUUUGCCUGGAUUCAGGCCUUCAGCCCAAACAGAGCAGAACUGGCGAGCUGCAGCGAUGCCGCAGAGCCAGACGGCAGCUUUUUAAAUGAAAACAUUCAAAUUAGAAAAAAAAUGGCCGCCCAUUCCGCCAGGUUUACUACGAAGCUGUGUUAAGCCCUCCAUCACAAAGGUGGCUUUUCCCUUUACCCGGACAGGUCACCGCGGUGUCCAAGACCCAGUUUCUAACCUGCUAUCAAGAAUCUCCGGAUCUGACGCUUUCCAAGAAAGAGAAGUCAGACUUAGGCAACAUUUAAAGCGCCCCAGCCCAGAGUUAAUCUCAGAUUUUGGCAGAAAAUUUAACCCACUUAACCCAAGCUAAAUAAAACUUUGUCAAAUAACAGGUAGAAAAUCAUAGAUAUGACCACUUUGUUAAGUCAGUGCAGCACAUACAGCUGUUGGUGUUAGGAUUACAGUUUACAGAAAUACUUUGACUUAAUCAACCUUUGAUCUAUUAGGAAUUUGAUCCUUUAUGAUUCAUGUAAUUCCCACAUUAUAAAGCAACUAAAACUAUUGCCAAACAGUAGGAGCUGUGUUUUUUGCCUAAGUAUUGCUCUUUUUCUCAGAAAUAUCUCUUUGUGUGCCCACAGAGAGGAGACACUGGGCUAACUCGCUUCGUAGUAACAUCCCUCAGGUGCAACGUGUUGCUGCUUCGAAACUGAAUCGAAAUAAACGAAGAAACGAGCCGUGUAUUUUUCUUCUUUGUCCGUUCUCUUCUCAAUAGAGAAUUCAUUCUCUGUCAAUUGAAGGCAGAGAAGGCAGGACACCUUCUGUCCGGAAAGGGUGCUGAAUUUGUCUUUAAGGAUGUUUUAUGACAUGUUUUUUGCCUGUUUUGAUGUCAAACAUUUUGUUUAUUUAUUAGAAUUCAUCACUUGAGUGCAGAAGAAUUGUGUAGAAAUUGUAUGAUGUCAAGCCAACCGAUAUACCCAUAAAACACCUUGUUUCUUUUAUGCUUUUAUCCUUAAGCUGAAGUACUUACUUGGUGCGGCUUGUUGGGGGGAAAAAAGGUAUUUGUAACAUGUUCAAGAGAGGAAAACCAAAGCCUUUCUCCCCCUCCUGUUUUGUAUCGUCCCACCACAAGAGGGAGCACCAGCCUACAGAAUCUCCCACGUCUCCUGCUCAUGUACUCAUUGGAAGUUUCACUUCUGAUUAGCAAAAAUAAAAUUAAAAAAGAGUAAGGUACUGCAGAACUUUGACGUUGCAUCU